CCAUCAUCCCAUAAUCCUGCCAGGCUUAGUUUACUUAUUACUCGGAAUUUUCUCCGAAAGGUGAACAUGACACGUUUGGGGCUUAGUUAGUUCCCUGAGAGAAAGCGUAUAAGCGACGACGCUGGUUGUGGUCGGUCGGCGGAGAGAGAAAGUUGACAUUUUACUUUAUCAAUACACAUAUAUCAUCGCAUUUUAUAGUGUAUUCUCUCCUUCUUCCUGGGUAUUAAUGUAGAAUCAGUUCUUCUUUAAUAAACAAACAAAUAUAAAAGGGUCGUCGUUUCCCUUUCACCUUUCGAAAGGUUUGAUGGGUUUAUACGGCUCUUGGUCAAUCAUGACAAAAUUGUUGGGGGUUGGUAUUCCGGAUUGAGAUCUACUUGCACUUUUGUCGACCAGAGAGAGGUGUCCAUUUGUCACCAUGUACGGUCGCCACAACGGCAUCCUGCUCGAUCUGGAGGAUGAUGACGAUUUAGAAUAUCAGACCAAUUAUUCAACUUCCACCAACAAUGUGGAACCAUCUUCUUCUUCUUCGUCAUCCCGAUUUCAGCAGAAUUUGCUGUUUCAACAACGCCAAACUCAAAAUAAUGUGGUGCCCAAAAAAGUGAACCCGGACCUUCUGGUGCCACCCACGAUACAGUAUCACAAUCCAAAACCAAUGCUCAAUAAUUACUCUCGGAGGAAAAGUGUGAGUGCAGAACCGCCCUGGAAUUCACCUCCGCCUCCGCCACCAGUGAUUACCUCGUCUUAUCAUCAAGACCAACCAUAUCAUCAUCAGAACGGAUAUCAUUACAAUAACUUAUCCCCGACUAAUCACCUCACUGUACCUGUGUUUCAACGGGACAAUGCGAUUACGGUGGCUCCCUCGCGAAAUUCUCUCCUCGAGCCGAACGUUUUCGCUGGAGGGAGACUGACCACACCUUCGAACAACAAUAAUCAUCACCACCACAAGAAAGUGCAUCACCGGAAGCAUAAAGGUCGCUCGAAAAGUCCGACGAGAAAUGUACCACAAUCUGAAAGUGGUGGUGCUGCAGGUACGAAUGGGUGUUCCAUCUUGGACAGAAUUGAUAACUCGAUCCUCUCCAAGUUUGGGGAUUGGUCAAAGAUGGAUGACAACAAUUCAUUACUCCGCUCAAACUCAAACAACACAAAUAACUCAAAAAAUUCUACUUCAACGAGACCCUACUACUUUCCGAAAAGAAUGAGCAGUCUAGAUGACGAGAUAUCCUUUUCAAGUAACAGCACCACACCCAUCGGGACGGGGAGUAGUAGUGGUGGCGGUGGUGUUGGGUUGCCAAAAUUAUUCAAAAAUUACGAUACUGUCCUCAAGACGGCGAAGUUGGCUGAUCAAAGUUAUAAUAAGAUUGCUCUCAGUAAGGACAAUAACGACCCAAAUUCGAUCCUUAGUGAGGCAAAACGGACACUGAGCCGAUUCGGGGGACAGGAAAUUUGAUUGAAGAAUAUUUCUCUUAAUAUUUUUGAAAAUAAAUGAAUAUCAAA